CAGCGACAUACUAGGGCAAUCAUCAACAGACCGUCGUACUGUGCGUGUGUGAUAUUUCAGUCUCAACGAGAUCUUACAACCAUCGUGUUCAGAUUUAUUUGUAUACAAGUGCAAAUAAAAUGACAAAUUACGCUAACGCUCGAUCUAUUAAACCUCCUCCACGUUGAGCGUUAAGUCAUUUAAGGUACGUGAUAUCAACCGAAUAUAAAAGUUUUAUUGUUGCAUUGUUACUUCGUCGGAUCGAGUAAUAUUGCUUGUCACUAUCUGUGUAGUCGAUAGCAGAUUUUCAAUAUAGUUACAUAAAAAUUUAUAUUUUUCAACUCUUCCAAAAAUUUGUUUGUCCGAUACUAAUAGUUUUUCGACAUAAAUUAUUACGCGAUUUUGUUAUUCGUAGAACCGUGCAAUUUAAUAGGUUCUUGUCUAUGCUAGCGUGCAACCAAACAGAGCAGAUCUCUAAUUUUAUACGUUCUUGUAUUGUUAAAGUGUUUCGUGGUUCAGCAUUUGGCCGUAUGGUGCAGCAUUAAUCCUGAAACAACCAGAACCAUAACAGUUAGCACUCUCAUUCCCUAUCUGUCAUAGCUUGUAAACAAGAAAUAAAAGCAGAUGCAAAAAAUGGACGCACGGAGACGGGAUAGAGAGCAAAUUGGGUUAUGUGGUGUUGAUAGAAUUUGGGGAAAAUCACCAACACGAAUCGAAGAUUCUGACGAAGAUGAAGAGACUAACAAGUACAAAGACAGUAUUAUACCAAAAGAUAGAAAAAGGAAACAUGAGAUGAAGAAGAAGAAAAGUAAAAAACUAAAGAAAGAAAAGAAAGCUAAGAAAGACAAAAAGAAGAAACGGAAAAAGAAAAGGUCAGAUAGUAGCUCCGACAGCGAACCUGAGGAAUUAGAAUGGGUGGAAAAGAAUGGAAUUAAUGAUAAAGCAAAGGUUAAAAAGGGAUCAAGUUCAGAUGAGAGUGGUGAUGAAGUAGUGGGACCAGUUCAAAAGCCACAUGUGACAUUAUCUGCUAAAGAUUUUGGCAAGGCUCUUUUACCUGGCGAAGGUGCUGCUAUGGCUGCAUACGUUGCAGAAGGAAAACGUAUACCUAGAAGAGGUGAAAUUGGUCUGACUUCAGAAGAGAUAGCCGCAUAUGAAUCUGUUGGUUAUGUUAUGAGUGGUAGCAGACAUCGGCGGAUGGAAGCUGUUCGUAUCCGUAAGGAAAACCAAAUUUAUUCUGCUGAUGAGAAACGAGCAUUGGCUAUGUUUAGUAAAGAAGAACGACAGAAGAGAGAAAAUCUUAUUUUGGGGCAAUUCAGAGAGAUGGUUAAUCAGAAAUUAGCCCAAGAACAGAAGAAAAAGUAAUGUAAUUAUUUGAUAUAUAAUUUUCAUCUUAUUUAACAUAACAAGAAGUUAUGUAUGAAAGUGUAUAUAAGAAUUGAACACAUUGUAAAAUAUUAUUUAUACGCAUGUAGAUAUAUACAUAUAUGGAAAUAGAUCUAAAUAUAUUAUCUUAAUUGAUUA